AGUGACAUCACUGCGUCCUCCGUUGCUAGGUUAUUCUCGUAAGCAACAUCUCCUGUUUCUGAGACACACCCUGUUAAACAUCUACAUUAAUCUUCAGGUACUCUACUAUUUCUUUGUGAGUUAUUAUUUUUUUUAAUCAUAAGGACAUGUUUAGCUGGAGUUUGACCGUCUUGGGCGUUGUCGUCACCGGUUCACGUCGUCGAAAUCGAUAAUUGCAGCCAGGUUAGCUAACUAAAACGGAGGCUGUGUAUGCUAGCUAUAGCAGCUUCAGCUAACUGUGAUGCAUAACUUGGCUGUAAAGCUGUAACGACAGUCGGAUGAGACUGCAUCCCUAACCGGAUGAUGGCCGCCCAGCCUCUGCAGCAAUCCCGGGAGGAUUCAGCAACCUGCUAACGGAGCAAAUGCUGAUGACUGGCUGUUUCCUGCUACUGAUUUGCAGGCACCAUGGCUGGGAAGGUGAAGUGGGUGACAGACAUAGAGAAAUCAGUGCUCAUCAAUAACUUUGAAAAAAGGGAAUGGGUCCAAGUGACUGAAAACGAGGACUGGAAUUUCUACUGGAUGAGCAUCCAGACCAUCAGGAAUGUGUUCAGCGUGGACACCGGCUACCGGCUCUCAGAUGAACAGUUAGUGAAUCACUUUCCCAACCACUACGAGCUGACCCGGAAGGACCUGAUGAUCAAGAACAUCAAGCGGUACCGCAAGGAGUUGGAAAAGGAAGGCAGUCCGCUUGCAGAGAAGGACGAGAACGGCAAAUACAUUUAUCUGGAUUUUGUUCCUGUGACGUUCAUGCUCCCUGCGGAUUACAAUUUGUUUGUGGAGGAGUUUCGCAAGAAUCCCUCCAGCACCUGGAUCAUGAAGCCCUGUGGUAAAGCCCAGGGGAAAGGCAUCUUCCUCAUCAACAAGCUGUCGCAGAUUAAAAAGUGGUCACGAGACAGCCGCACCUCCACGUUUGUUGCAGCAUCCAGCGGGAAAGAGGCUUAUGUCAUCUCUCUGUACAUCGACAAUCCUCUGCUGAUAGGAGGGAAGAAAUUUGACUUGCGGCUUUAUGUUCUGGUAACGACAUAUCGGCCUCUAAAGUGCUACAUGUACAAGUUGGGCUUCUGCCGGUUCUGCACAGUGAAGUACACCCCCAGCACCAGUGAGCUGGACAACAUGUUUGUGCACCUCACUAAUGUGGCCAUCCAAAAACACGGGGAUGAUUACAACCAUGUUCAUGGAGGAAAGUGGACCGUCAGUAAUCUUCGCUUGUACUUGGAGAGCACCCGAGGGAAGGAGGUGACUAACCGGCUGUUUGACCAGAUCCACUGGAUCCUGGUUCAGUCACUGAAAGCCGUUGCACCUGUGAUGAACAAUGACAAGCACUGUUUUGAGUGUUAUGGGUAUGACAUCAUCAUCGACGACAAGCUGAAGCCGUGGCUCAUCGAGGUUAACGCAUCCCCGUCGCUGACCUCCAGCACAGCCAAUGACCGCAUACUGAAGUACAACCUGAUCAACGACACGCUCAACAUCGUCACACCAAACGGGGAGAUCCCAGAUUGCCGCUGGAAUCGCACUCCGCCCAGAGAAGCUCUGGGGAACUAUCAAGUCCUGUAUGAUGAGGAGCAGGCCCAGAGCGAGAACGCUGAGCGUGACCUUCGGGGCCGCUCAGGUCAGCUGCUGGGUUCAAAGGGCACGAAGGGGACAGCUAGCGCCCGUUCCGCUGCAGCCACAUGGAAAUGAGGCUGUGCUACCGACUCGGAAUGACUUCCUCUGCCUUACUGUGGGUUACAAACCUAUUGCAACAAAACAAGGACCACCCAGACCUUUUUAUCCCAAUCCAGCCUCCAUUCCUCUGACUGUGGCACACUGUUGUUUAAAUAUGGAGUAAUCAGCAGAGUUGAAUCAGCAUCUGGACUGUGAUUGUUGGUAGGAAAUAUGUUCCUGAUACUGCGGAUCAGAAUCCUGCGCUAUGCAUGACUGUCAAUUAACUGCACCUGAACCUGAUGUGUCAAAAUGGGUGCUAUCAUAGAGGCUGUUAUACUGAAGGUGAAAGACUAUGCUUGAAAAAGGAGGUAUUAUGAAUGCAAAUGGUUUUAAAGUGAAAUAGUUUAUAUGCAGAGUUAGAAAUACUAAAUGUUUAUAGAGUCCAAAAUGUUUUUUAAAUGCUCAUUACAAAGACUCUACUCAGUGCAGAAUACUUUACACACUUUACUGUGUUUUUCUUUUUAAAUUUCAAAUUAUUAUUAUUAUUCUUUUUAAUUUUGACCAAUUAAAUAUGCAUUACAUCACAACUCUUAUAACAAUGUCUAUUGAAUUAGAAUAAAAGUCAUACAUUAUUAGGGAUUUUCAACCAAUUUAAACACUGCUGAUGAAUAAAAAUCCAAUUUUUAAAACUUAGUAGAAUAGGGUGGAAAUGAUAAUGGAAACCUUUUUAUUUUGUUUCAUUAGACAAACGGAACAGAUGAUAUUUAAUAGAAUUUAACAGAUGUGUAUUACUUUUCAGGGGAUGAGUCACAAAAGGUGCAAAUCACCAUGAAAUGGGUAAAUAUUUUUAAUUUGUGGCCAAAGGUAAAGAUUUUUGGACCCAAACAAAAAAAGAAAAUAAAGAGAUUAAAGAUUAAACUUAAAUAUGCACUUUGUGAGAUAACUGUCAAAAUGAUUUAACUUUUGUGAAAAAAAUGGAAGAAACUUGCUUAAAUGGAUGAAGGAAGGUGUGCUAUCUAAUUUUGAUUAAA